AUGGAGUACCAUCAACGGUUGAAGCAACUUGAGGAUGCAUGUGUUGACUCCAAAGGUUUUAUUGAUUAUGUGAAUGACACAUGGUUGACACCGCACAGACAUCGAUUUGUCAAAGCAUGGAUCAAUCAAGUGUUACAUUUGGGCAACACCACAACAAAUAGGGUGGAGUCUGCGCAUUGGAAACUUAAGCAAAUGUUAGAGAAUAACUUAGGUGACUUAUGCAAAUGUUGGGAGGCUAUGAAUGACAAUAUCAAGAUACAAGUGGGCAACAUUAGAGCUUCAUUUCAGAAGAGUUUUUAUGAAGUUGAGCAUGCACAUACUAGUCCUUUUUAUUCAAAUUUGCGUGGUUCAGUAUCAAGAGCUGCAUUGAGGCAGAUUGCUGAAGAGUGGUUGAGGAUUGACAUGGUGGGUACCGAUACGCAAAAGUGCGGAUGUACUCAUAGAAAAGUAUAUGGGUUACCAUGUGCUUGUGAGUUAGGGAGAUAUACAUUGAGUGGUGAUGCGAUACCAAUUGAGGCUAUUCAUAUUCAUUGGAGGAAACUAAGUAUGGAAGGAAAUCAAGAUAUAGAUGCAGAUGAUGGAUCAGAAAUAGACAUGACAAAUGCAAUCGAUGAAAUUUGGAAAAUGUGGAGGUCAUUAGAUGUUGUCGGAAAAAGAGCAUUAAAAAGCAGAUUGUGUGAGAUUGCUUAUCCAACUACAACAAAGAUGUGUCCACCACCUGAAAAAAUUAAAACCAAAGGAGGGGUUAAGAAAAAAGGGAAGAGACCUGUGGGAUAUGAUGUUUAUCGUGAUCCUUCAGGAUAUGAAUUACAUCGACCAUUUAUUGAUGACUUUGUUGAUGUAAGAGAUGAUGGAAAUUGUGGGUUUAGAGCCAUUGCAUCUUUGCAUGGUUAUGGCACAGAUGGAUGGUCAAUGGUUCGUCGGGAUUUGGAGAAAGAAAUUAUAGGUCCUAGAAGCAAGUUGUAUGAGGAUUUAUUUGGUGAACGCCUUCCAACAGUGAGAUCAUCGUUGGUGAUAGAAACUUUAGGACAACAACCACCAAAUAAAUGGAUGACGUUACCUGAGUUAGGCUAUGUAAUAGCUAAUCGGUAUAACGUUGUUCUCGUCUCUUUAGGUCACCCUAGUUUGAGUUACUUUCCUAUGACGAGUGCACAUUCACCUAAUGCAUCCAUUUACUGCAUCAGAUUUGUCAAUGGAAAUCAUUGGGUUCAGGUAAACAUGAAUGAAGGAUCCCCGUUUCCACCUGUCACAAAUGAAUGGAAGAAAUAUCGCACAAAAGAUGCGACUUCUUGGAUGGUAGGAUUUGCCGGGCGGUUACAACAUUGGCAACGACUUAUGCCUAUACUGCCAAAAUAUGUCAGCUUAGAUUGA